AUGCGUCGCAAAACACGUUUCGUCUGCAUAUCCGACACCCAUGGCUAUACCCCCUCAGAAGCAGGGUUCAAGCUUCCGGCUGGGGAUGUAUUGAUACAUGCGGGCGAUUUCACUAACAAGGGAAGCUUGGCCGAGGUACGCCGGACGAUGGAUUGGAUAUCGAAGGCCAACUUUGAAAUAAUGGUCAUUGUGGCGGGGAACCACGAUGUCACUCUGGAUCCCGACUUCUACGCGAAACAUGGACAUGAGUUCCACGGCUCGCAGCGCGAAGAUCCAAUCCAAUGCCUCGAAGCCGUCACGAGUGCAACGCCCUCUAUCAUCUACCUCAAACAUCAGGCCACUGUCAUUAAUCUAUGUCGCAAAGACGGACCAAAUACCACCUUCAAAGUAUUUGGGUCCCCAUGCUCGCAAUUCGAAGGGAAUUGGGCAUUUGGAUAUAAUAACGGCAAGGAUGCAACGGCGCUGUGGGAUCAAAUCCCUUCGGAUAGCGACAUUGUAGUGACGCAUACGCCACCACAGUCUCACUGCGACCAAAAGCCUACGGGCAGGAACGUCGGAUGCAAUGCACUUCGCCAGGCACUGAGCCGCAUCAGGCCGUCGUUGGCUAUUUGCGGCCAUGUGCAUGAAGCUCGGGGCUAUGAACGUGUCUGUUGGCACGAGCAGAUGCCACUGUCGCGCACGCUUAUUAGGUCGGACAGCAGCGGUGAUAUCACUCAGGGGGUCUUGCCGCCGCCGGGCAGCAAGAAACAGGCUCUUAUUGACUUGACAGGCAAACGAGGAGAGCGUUUGGAUAACGAGGGAUUUGCAUCCUUGAAGUCUAAUUCGCAAUUGAAUUUGAAUCCUACAACCAGGGCGUCGAUGCCAUCAUCCUCUUUCGGGUCAGCUGCCGAUGUAGCACUGGAGUUUCAACAGAUUCCAAACGAAAAUAAGGCUCCGAUUCUGAGCGCUGAUACCCAAAGGCGCGGUGUCGGCCACAUAGAGCAAACGCUGAGAAGAGAGACAUGCAUUGUCAACGCCGCCAUCUUGGCUACGAGCUGGCCGCACCGGGGAGGCAAGCGAUUCAAUACACCGAUCGUGGUGGAUCUCGAACUUCCAGUACGACGGGGCUACUACCCUUCCAAGUGA